AUGCAGGGACCCAACCUCGCCGAGAUCGGCCUCGCCACUGGACCGGCAGGUGCCACCCUUCUCUUCAGUAUCCUCGCGCAGCGCCUCGCCUCACGACCGUCCGAGCUCUGGUCAGAAGCACUCUGCUGGACAGCAAUCGGGGCUGCGGCUCGAUGCUCUAAUCGAAGGAAAACCAGUCCGCUUUCUGCCGUUCGACCAGCACCGAAAACCCUCUGGGUUUCUGCCGUGGGAAUCUGCAUGGCCAGCCUCUACAAGACGGAGCUGGGCGUGAUUGGGUUUUUCCCAGCGUUGGCACUGCUGGUUCUUCUUUCCGAGCAGCGCAUUGCAUCGGAACUCUGCACAUCGAUAAAAUCCGACUCCAAAUUCUCGGCCGUUAUCAAGUCGACAUGGGGCACAUUGCUUCUGUCUGUCGUUUUUGUCGGCACGCUCGUCAAUUGGGACUUCCGACACUCCAUAUUAUCUCUGUUCCCAGUCUUUGCUCUGCUGCCAGUCUACUCUCAGAGCUACACGGACGCCCGUGAUGAGUAUCGACGCCGGUACAAUGCAGAGCCCCCUCCUGGUUUUGAGGCUUGGUAUGAGUUUGCCGAGUCUCACCAAUCGCCGAUCAUCGAUGAGUUCGACACCCUCAACGAGCGUAUAGCGCCUUUUUGGAGACUGAGUGGCAGAGAAAUACAGGGAAUAAUCAGUCGUGCACAGGAUCAACCAGGCGGCGAGCUGUGGUCAUGCAACUUCAAUGGCCAUCGGGCCUUCCUCCAGUGCACCCAUCCACACCGGACAUUCGAUAGGCACCUGCAACUUCUUUUCAACACGCUAUUAGGGAACCUGCUCCACGUUCUUCCAGAUGUCACGUUCCUUGUCAACCACAUCGACGAACCGAGAGUCUUGCUGCCUCGGAUAAACCAUAACAGCCCCGACAUGUCAUCCUUCAAUACGACCAACAUGUCGAGACGUCCGGUGUGGGAUGCCCUGACCGCGUUUUGCAGCACUUGGGAGCCGAGGCGGAUGGACGGUACUAAGUCAUCCAUAGAUACUUUUGGACUACCAUUUGUCACCAAUGCAAAAUCAGCCCUGGAUCUGUGUCGCCACCCCGAAUACAAACACAUACACGGCCUCACGGUGAGCCCCAUGUCCUUCAAUCUGAUCGAGGGCCUUGUUCCUGUUCUGUCGACUGGCUCACUGUCCACCAUGGGCGACAUCUUGUAUCCGAGCCCGGCGUACAUCGAGCCUGAGUUCCGCUACGACGAGGAGCACGAUAUCGCCUGGGAGGACAAGCGCAACAAUCUAUACUGGGCCGGCUCGACUACAGGAGGAUUUGCGGCUGAUGGACAGCGUGGCCAAUGGCAAAAGUACCACCGACAGCGUUUCGUUAGUCUCGCCCAGAAUUUGGGCGAUCACGAUCACGAGUACCUACACGAGACAGCUGGUGAUGGCGAUAGUGGCACAGUCAGCCGACUUCGGUCAUCCUUCUUCAACGGCCGUCUUUUUGACGUCGGCUUCACGCGCAUCUUCCAGUGUGCGCGCACAGCUUGUCGUGACCAGCGGAUGCACUUUGGCCUCCGGCCCUGGGCAGACAAGGAUGCUGCGCUCCAGUCGCGGCUUGCGUUUGAUCUCGACGGAAACGGCAUCAGCGGCCGCUACUACAAGCUUCUGGCAUCGCGAUCAGCGCCGCUAAAACAGACGCUAUUGCGCGAGUGGCACGACGACCGGCUGGUUCCGUGGGUCCACUACUUUCCCGUCAGCCAAACCUUGCGUGAGCUGCCCGAGCUUGUGUCUUACCUCACGUCGAGCCCCGGUGGCGCUGGACAAAAAGCCGCCCAGGCUGUUGCAGACAACGGUUGCAAAUGGUUUCGUAGGGCAUUUCGGGAAGUUGAUAUGACCAUCUAUACUUAUCGCCUGCUUCUGGAACUGGCACGGCUGCAGGACCCACAGAGACCGGCAGGGGAAGUGCACCUGGUUGUCCAGAAAGAUGAACAGAAGCAGUGA